AUAUUUAUAUUUUGCAAAAAGAAUUAAUAGUUGCAUUAUUAGUAAUCUUAAAUAAUUAAACAUUAUCAUGGUAAAAAAAAGAAAAGAAUUUGAACAAAGCAAAGAAGAACGUAUGGUUAUGACAAUUGGAGAAAUUAUACAAGAACUAUUAAAAGCACAUGAAGAAAACAGAGAUAUUGAUUUAAAUAAAUUAAAAACACGAAUUGCUUCUAAAUAUGGGUUAGAAACUUCUCCAAGAUUGGUUGACAUUAUAGCAGCUGUUCCUGUUGAUGCAAGAAGUAUAUUAAUACCAAAAUUAAAAGCAAAACCUAUUAGAACUGCCAGUGGAAUAGCUGUUGUAGCUGUAAUGUGCAAACCUCAUCGAUGUCCUCAUAUUAAUAUGACAGGAAAUAUUUGUGUAUAUUGUCCUGGAGGACCUGAUUCUGAUUUUGAAUAUUCUACACAAUCUUAUACUGGUUAUGAACCUACAUCUAUGAGAGCUAUUCGUGCAAGAUAUAAUCCAUUUCUACAAACUAGGCAUCGUGUAGAACAGUUAAAACAAUUGGGACAUAAUGUAGACAAAAUUGAAUUUAUUGUUAUGGGAGGUACUUUCAUGUCUCUGCCAGAAGAUUACAGAGAUUAUUUUAUCCGAAAUUUACAUGAUGCUCUGUCUGGUCAUGUAAGUAGCAAUGUCGAUGAAGCAGUAAAAUUUUCUGAACGAAGUCGUACAAAAUGUAUCGGUAUUACUAUAGAAACACGUCCCGAUUAUUGUCUUAAGAAACACCUUUCUGAUAUGUUACGUUAUGGGUGUACUCGUUUAGAAAUUGGAGUUCAAUCUGUAUAUGAAGAUGUAGCACGAGAUACUAAUAGAGGACAUACAGUUCGCGCAGUAUGUGAAAGUUUUCAAUUAUCAAAAGAUGCUGGUUUCAAAGUAAUAGCGCAUAUGAUGCCAGACUUACCAAAUGUUGAUAUUGAGAGAGAUAUAAAUCAGUUCAUUGAAUUCUUUGAAAAUCCUGCUUUCAGAGCAGAUGGAUUGAAAAUUUAUCCAACGUUAGUUAUACGAGGUACAGGUUUAUAUGAGUUAUGGAAAACAGGAAGAUAUAAAAGCUAUCCACCGAGUGUUUUAGUGGACCUUAUUGCUCGAAUAUUGUCUUUGAUACCGCCUUGGACUCGUGUAUAUCGUGUACAGAGAGAUAUACCUAUGCCUUUAGUUAGCUCGGGCGUGGAACAUGGAAAUUUACGUGAGUUGGCAUUAGCAAGAAUGAAAGACUUGGGAACCGAUUGUCGUGAUGUUAGAACUCGGGAAGUGGGUAUUCAAGAAAUACAUCACAAAGUACAGCCUUAUGAAGUAGAACUUAUACGCCGUGAUUAUAUUGCCAAUGGUGGAUGGGAAACAUUUUUAUCUUAUGAAGAUCCCACUCAAGAUAUUUUAGUUGGUUUACUAAGACUUAGAAAAUGUUCAAAUGAAACGUUUAGGUCAGAACUUAAAGAAAAAUGUUCAAUAGUGAGAGAACUUCAUGUAUAUGGUAGCGUUGUUCCAGUAAAUGCCCGCGAUCCUACAAAGUUUCAGCAUCAAGGAUUUGGAAUGUUAUUAAUGGAAGAAGCUGAACGGAUAGCAAAGGAAGAACAUGGAUCUCAUAAAAUUUCCGUCAUAUCAGGUGUUGGAACAAGAAAUUAUUAUCGAAAAAUGGGAUACGAACUUGAUGGUCCAUAUAUGUCUAAAAUACUUGUACUUUGUAAAUAAAUAUUGUUCUUUACACAAAAUAAAAAAAAAGAUAAUGAGAUAUUAUA